AUGUUUAAAUUUGUUUAUUUGGCUCUGAUAACCUUUUCAUUCCUGGCUUUUAUUUUCCUAAACUUGGAUUCUGGCACGAACUGGCUAGUUCCGAAUGGGCAACGGAAAAUCGCGAGUACAAAGUUUUUCGGAGUUGUUAUAAAUGGAUUGGAGAACAAGAGGACAGAGAUAAGAAAUAAUACGGCUUCAGGUAUGUGGGCGGAUGCAGAUAAUGAACGGGAGGAGGCGCUCAAGGUACGACAGUCGUAUUUCUUUGAGAUUUUGAGGCCAUGACGCGGGUAUCAAAAGCUCCAAUCCUGAACUGUCGGAGUUCUGAGCGGAGUUGAGUUGUUAUUCUUAAAAUUUGUGUCUCACCGGAUUCAUUUUUUAAUUUUAGCGAAGAAAGGAGACCCUCAAUGUAUACUUCCCCAGCUAGACCCAUGGGAUGCCAAAAUCUUGCGAUAUCUAAGCCCAGCGUCAGACCUGAACAAAAAUAAAUGUGAACCAACUUUUAAAGUGAGAAGUUACUUUGAGAACGGUAUAUUGUAUGUGAACAGAAGCAUGGACGAAGACUGUGCGUUUCGGUGAGUAAAGUAGCUUAAAAAAUCCUAAAAAGAUUACAAUAGCGCUUUUGUUUGCUUUCAAGGCAAAUUUCUUGUCUAAGUAAUAGUAAUGAUUAGCGACUGCUUGCCAUCUUAAAUUUUUUUUUUUACUUUUUAUAACACGUAAAAAAUCAUCAAUGUACAUAACUGUUUUCAGAUGCGUUGAAUAUGUGAGCGAUCACGUUGUAGAAUUUGGCAAGUGGGCAAUCUUUUCGAAUGGGACUGGUCAUAAAGCAGAGUGUGAUGUUUCGGAGAUAGAGUGUUUUAUCGGAAGUGAUAAGAGUUAUCAUUAUGCUCAUGUGAAUCUAGUUGAAAAGUAGGUUCAAGGCUAGAAAGGAGACAAUAGUUCGAACCAUGUAUUUUAUUUAUUGCCAAAGUUCGUGUACUUCUCCCUUAUGACUUUCCGUGGAGGUGCCUUGGAAGCGAGUUUAAUUUGCUUCAAAUGUAGCGAGCAUCUUCGGUAUAAAUCGCAUCAAAUUUCUGAAGUCUUAGCUUGCGUGGUGUUCAACAUUCCAAUCUGAAUGUGUGAUAAAAAGUUUAGUCACAGUCUGUGUGUCGUGUUUCGAGCACUUUUCGUUCUUUAUCAUUUUGCCCUUUUUCAGACCAAAGACCUCGAUCAAACCUCAUUCCCAGGCUCAUGACGUGUACGUGAUCAUUGUGGACAGUAUUAGCGCCAGCAGUUUCCAACGAGCCCUCUCGGCAACAAAGAAUUACCUCGAAAGCGAUCAUAGUGCCAUAUUUUUCCCUCAUCUGAACCGGGUUGCGCUCAACAGCCGUCCAAAUGGCUACGCAUUUUUACUGAACGAACGCUCCGAUGAUUUGCCCGAAAGUCCAUGGAAUCCGUUCAAAGGGCAGGGCAAGGAUGAAGAGAUCUGUAAAACUUCCGUUUUGAACUAUGAUUAUAUCGGAAAAGAUUUCCAAAAAGCGGGUUACAGAACGUUGGUGGAUACCGAUUGGUUUUUGGGACUCUUUGAGUAUCCGGAUUGCGUUGGGUUUGGAAGAAUACCAGCGGAUCAUUAUUUGCAGUCAGUAUAAAUCUUCUCGCCAUCUUUAUAACUUCUUCGUUUAUUGCAGGCCUUAUCAACACAUUGUUGAUUACUACACUGAUUAUUCUAAUACAAACUUAACGGAAAAUGUUUACCAAAAUUCCUGCAGAGAAUCUCAUCAUCGAUCUAUUGAAACUUUAAAGCAAUUUGUGAAUAUGUACAAAGAUGAACCGAAAUUUUUGAUCUCGGCCUUUGCUAGACUUGGUCACGACGAUAUCAACAACGUUUUUCAUGGUGACCAGGAUUUCCUGAAUAUGUUUAUGGAGAUCAGCGAUAAGGUAAGUGAAGACGUAAUAGCUUUGUAAGACUAAAGGCUACUUUCGUUUGGCUUUAUCUAUCUCGUAUGUACAUAUAACAUCAGCUCUCUAAUAACUAAUUUUCUCUAUGAAUUAGAAGCUUUCCGCUCAAGAUUAAGCUGUAACUUGCGUUGCAUUCAGCUAUUUCCAGCUGAAAAACGCCUUCCUUAUUUUGAUGUCGGAUCACGGCCUUCGUUUUGGAGGGAUAAAAGAUACGGAUAUCGGUCUAAUGGAAGAAAAUAAUCCGGCUCUAAUGAUCUCAUUGCCUCUGGCGCUACGCCAAAACCAAAAACUUGUAUCAAAACUGAAAGAGAACUCAAAACAACACCUGUCUCACUACGAUAUCUACGCAACUUUGUUGGAUAUAGCGCAAAAUAACCAUAAAUGGACAAAAGAAUCAGAGUUUAUGGGAAUUUACAAUGUUUCUGAUCGAAGUUUACAAGGAUCUUCGUUACUGCGUGACCUGAAGUGGCCAAGGGAUUGUUUUUCUCUUCAAAUCCCCUUCGAUUACUGUCUAUGUCAAUAUGAAAAACGGGAAAUUCGAAAUGACUCCUUGGCCAUUGAAAUGGGGAAAUUAAUGGUCGAAAAGAUGAACUUGGAUAUCAAAAACUCGAAUUAUUCGGAGAAGUGUACGGUCUUGAGUUUUGACGAAGCCGGCGGAUUUGAAUUGGAGGUUUUGGAGCCGAAUGAUGACAAAAGAGCAGCUUAUUUGUUGACGUUCAAAGUGAGGCCGAGCGGAGGAAAAUACAAGGGAUAUGCAAGGGUAAGAGGUGGCUUCUUAUUUCAAAAUGUUUGCGGCGAGGCUCUAGUCUGAAAAAAGGUUUAAAAGGAGAAAAGAUAAGCCUAAUCUUAAUGUCAAAAGGUAUCGUGAAGACAUACGAAGAGAUCAGUUCUAGGGCUGUCAGUUUUUGACUCUGCGAUUCGUUUUGACAUCAAUUUCGGGCCUAUUUUAACCUUUUACGGAAUUUUCGCACCAUGGUGCACCAGUCUAGACGGUACGCAAAUGAGAAUUUUUUAUUUUCAAUUUCACUUUUCCAGAUCAUGAACUCCAAACUAAAACUGGUCUCGGAAACGUUCCCACGAAUGGACAGUUAUGCGAAACAAGCGGCCUGUAUUCCCAGGGAGUUUCUACAAAAUUAUUGUUUCUGUGCUGAUUAUAAAGAAUAA